AUGUUGACUGUCAGGACUGCGGAUGUUCGAGCCGUGUUGAAGGCGGUUUCCGACUCAACCACGACGAAGGAACCUGGGAUACCAUUCUUCAAGACCAAGCGGGUGGGAGUGUUUGGACACUCUAUGGGCGCCGCAACUGCCGCAGAGGCGAUGCUGCUGGACACGAGGCUCGUUGGAGGCUUGGACAUGGACCGCAGUGUCUAUGCACAAGCGACGAACAAGAGCCAGAAAAGCCCUCUCAACCUCGGCAUCAAUUCGACGUCGGUUCCUCCGGUAGCAGAGUUCAUUGGAAAUACCGACGGUGUCAGGAUGUUCGAUACCAUCCGAUCAUACAUUGGAGGCUUCUUCCAAGAGGUCCUGGGGUCGAAACAGGUCAAGCUGCUCGAAGGCCCGAGCCCGUAG